UGUCGGAGCCAGCCGCGAGGUGCAGCGCGCACAUGGGGACGCACCGCAUCGUGCUCUCGGGCCCCGGGCCCUGGGGCUUCCGCCUGGUGGGCGGCCGCGACUUCGAGCAGCCCCUCGCCAUCUCCCGGGUGACUCCAGGCAGCAAAGCUGCAAUAGCCAACUUGUGUAUAGGAGACCAGAUCAUAGCCAUCGAUGGAGUGAACACAGACAACAUGACACACCUUGAGGCACAAAACAAAAUCAAGGGCUGCACAGAUGAGCUGACUCUGACAGUCAGCAGAUCUGAGGCAAAAGUCUGGUCACCACUUGUAAGCGAGGAGGGAAAGACACAUCCUUAUAAGAUGAAUCUGGCCUCUGAGCCUCAGCAGAGACCGACGCAGUUUCCACGUGCGUUCAGCAUGACAUACCAGCCUGCUGGUCUGAACAGCCCAUCUCCCCCUGCCCGUGUGGAGGCGCGGGCUGGCGGCCGCCCAUCGCCGGUGGGUGCAAUGCAGGCUCCCGUGGCCUCCGUGUACAACCCUCUGCAGAGCUCCGAGCUGCGGCGCAGGCACAGCUCCUCCUCCAGCCCCAGCCAGGUCCGAGUGGGGCCUGAGCAGCUGAAGCACGCGGCCCAGGUCUGCCCCAACAGCCCUGUGGAAGUGGAGGUGCCGGGACUCAAAGUGCUGCACGUGCAGUUCAAUUCUCCCCUGCAGCUCUAUUCGCAGAGCAACAUCAUGGACACUCUGCAGGGGCAGAUCUCUUCUGUUAGCCCUGAUUUCCCCAGUUUAGAUCAGCAUAACCAGACCCCAGGCAGCAUUGCCAUAGACAAACAAUCUGAGGUUUACAAGAUGCUGCAGGAGAAUCAAGAGUCAAAUGAGCCACCCAGACAGUCUGCUUCGUUUCUUGUGUUGCAAGAGAUCUUGGAGUCAGAGGAGAAAGCUUGCCCUCAGGGUUCAGCUCCUGCAUGGAAGGAGUAGCCCGGACUUCUCCCGAAGCCAAGGUCCUCCCCUGUGCUUAGUAGUGCUGAAGAAGAUAAGAAGCAAAAGCCUCUCUGUUUUAUCUUUCUUUGAAGAUUUGCAGCAUUGUUGGGAUUCUCUGGCACAAGGUUUGCCUGCCCGAUCAGGGGGCCGGGAUAGGCUCUGGCAUUAUUCCACAGUGAGCUGACAAUGCUCCAUGGCCCAGCCUGCCCGUGCUGCUCGGCCAGCAGCAAACAAACACACACACACUGCUGCGAGUCAGAUCCUUGGUGUGAUAAACGGCACUUUGGAUGGCAUUCCGUGUGAUAAAUGGCACUUUGGGUGGCAUUCCCUCUGAUAAAUGGCAUACUGGAUGGCAUUCCCCAUGAUAAAUGGCACAUUGGGUGGUGCCUUCUCCCAGCGGGGCUCCAGGCAGUGGCCUGGGAAUGACGGCUGUGAGCCAUGCCUGGCUGGGACAAGGCCCUGGGGGCAUCGCUGACUGUGUGGGCUGCACUGACUUACACCAGCUGAGAGCCUGGGCCAGGCACAGCAGCCAAGUGUGGCUGUUUGGAAGCACCAUGGCUGGUCUUUUAAGGCCUGACCCUGUGCUCAAAAAUUGAGUGUUCCAGAGUGGAAAACGGCACGGUUCCUGUGGGUGUUUGAUUAGUAGAGAUUUAAAAACUUGUUGUCAGUGUUGCUGAUAAGAGCGAAGUGCUGGUUGAGGCAAAGGGAGUGAACAGAAGUGAUAUGGAAGAGUCUGAAAAUGUGAUUGCUGCUGCUUGCUUCCCAGUGACAGUCACUUGCAGCAACUCUUGGAGGGCAGAUGGCUCUUGCCAUGUUUGGAGGGUUAGGAAACUUGCACCUCCGGACCAGCAUCUGCACAGAGCUGGGUGCAAACCUCUGAGCUGAAGGCUGCCCUAAAGGCAAACCAGCACAGCAUCACCUGCC